UAUACAUACAGACAGAAGUUGAUUUAAACAAGCUUUGCGAAUUGGGUAUCAAAAUCUCAUUCUUUAAUUCUUACAAAAGUGCAUCAUAAUUAGCAUUAAUUAUUUCCAAAUAAGAUUAUUUUCCGAGAAAUGUAACCGUGAAUUACAUUCUGGUACAAACCUUCUUAAAAUUGCAUUAAAUUUCUUUUGCAUUAGUGAAUUGCUUCUGUGCACUAUUGUGUUAAUACUUUCUGUUAGAAAAAUUUGAAAUGUCUGAAACAAAAGAAUUAGAUGCAUGCACAAUAAUUUGACUAACAAUAAACUUGUACACUUUUAUCACUCUUACUGUACUUGUGUUACUUAUACUGAUAAUUUUUGCUCGGAAUAUUUCACUAAAAAAAUAUUUAUUCUAUCUAUACCCGUAAUCAUCUCUGUGCAACAUCAGAAUGUAAUUAUCUUAUAUAACAGUUUGAAUAAAAUUUGUAACUUUACUAUAUUUUAAAUUGCAUAAAACGUAUAUUACGUUUAUGCAAUUAUUUUCCUACUUCUACAUCUAUUUGUAAAUUUAUCUUUCUUUAAGUGCCGAAUUAAAUUGCUCAAUUAUAUCAUAAUAUUUAAAGAAAUGAAAUAAAAGAGGAAAUAAAAUUCGUGAGAAUGUGUUCGACAAACUACUUCUAACUUCCGUGCAAGAUGCAUGGUAUCGAAGAGCAUUAUUAUAAAAUCAAUCGUAUCCUUCUUGUAAUACUCGGUGUAUGGCCCUAUCAACAAUCGAUACUUUCGAAAGUACAGAGACUGUUUGUUUUUAGUAUUCUGGUGAGCACAAUUUGUAUUGAGUUCAGUUCGUUCUUCACACAUGAAUAUAACACAGCUUUGGUCAUCGAAAUUUUGUCAUUUUUAUUUCCUACUCUCGUGGUCAUAACAAAGUAUUACUACUUUUACGUUAGAGCAGAAGCUAUAAAACAGAUGGUAGCACAGGUUCAAACCGAUUGGAAUUUACUAAAGGAUAAGCAUGAACAUGAAAUAAUAGAAUCAUAUACCGAAUAUGGGAGAAUUAUAACUAUCAUUGCACUAUGUAAGAAAAAUGCUCUCAAGUAUCUCACAUGCAUAACAUUUUGCAAAAUUACAAAUUACUAUUUACUUUUGAAGAUACCUAUUUUUAUUUUGCUAGACAUUUUCAUAGAGUCAAUUUUCUAUACAUAUUUACAGAUUACAACAAGACCUGUUUGUUUGCAUUCUAUUAUUUAUUUUUUAUCUAUUUGAAUUACA